CAUGAACACAUGGAGACAGGAAAUUACUCUGCUGUAACUGAAUUCUUUCUGGUGGGACUUUCCCAAUAUCCAGAACUUCAGCUCUUUCUGUUCAUACUCUGUCUCAUCAUGUACAUAACAAUCCUUCUGGGAAAUAGCCUCCUCAUUAUCAUUAGCAUCCUGGAUUCUCACCUCCACACCCCCAUGUACUUCUUCCUUGGAAACCUCUCAUUCUUGGACAUCUGCUACACAUCAUCAUCCAUUCCUACAAUGCUUAUUAUAUUUAUGUCUGAAAGAAAAUCCAUCUCCUUCAUGGGCUGUGCUCUGCAAAUGGUUGUCUCCCUUGGCUUGGGUUCCACUGAGUGUGUCCUCCUGGCUAUGAUGGCCUAUGAUCGGUAUGUGGCCAUCUGCAACCCUCUGAGGUACUCCAUCAUCAUGAACAGGGUGCUAUGUGUGCAAAUGGCUGCAUGGUCCUGGAUCGUAGGCUGUCUGAACUCCCUAGUACAGACAGUCCUGACAAUGGUGUUGCCUUUCUGUGGGAAUAAUAUUAUUGAUCAUCUUUCAUGUGAGAUUCUGGCUCUUCUUAAACUCAUUUGUUCAGAUAUCUCUAUUAAUGUGCUUAUCAUGGCAGUGGCAAGUAUUGUUUUAUUGGUGAUACCUCUACUGUUAAUCUUUAUCUCCUAUAUAUUCAUCCUCUCUUCCAUUCUGAGAAUUAAUUCUGCUGAAGGGAGAAAGAAAGUCUUUUCUACCUGUUCAGCCCAUUUGACAGUAGUCAUUUUAUUCUAUGGUUCAGCCCUUUUCAUGUACAUGAAGCCCAAGUCAAAAGACACAAAGACAUCUGAUGAGAUCAUUGGGCUGUCUUAUGGAGUGAUAACCCCAAUGUUAAACCCCAUCAUCUACAGCCUGAGAAAUAAGGAGGUGAAAGAAGCUAUGAAGAAAGUCCUCAGCAGACAUCUGCAUUUAUUGAAAAUAUAA